CGUAAUGAACAAAAUUUUGGCAAAAAGUCCCCUGAAAUUCCACUAAAAUUGUCGAAAAAUCGCAGAAAAUCGUCGAAACCACAAGUGCGUUAACGUGUGCCAGGAAUUUGUGACGGGAAACUUGGAGACCACGCCAAAAAACGGAACAAACAUGAAAUUGACUGAAAAAUGUUGCAACUAGAGAAAUCGAUAAUUUAGUGCCCGGUGAACUAUAUAUAUUUUUUAUGUGUGUGUGGUAAUAACUCAAGUCUUUUUUUGCUGUGCGGUGAAAGGAAAAUCGAGGAAACCAAAAAUAAAUUUCCUCAAGUCAGUUAAAUUUACGCAAAAAAGGUUGUCGCAACAUAUGUUCCCACGGAAAAAGUGUCGCGCUGUCAAGUGAACUGAAAAAAAUCGAAAAAUUAUUUUUCCACUAAAAGAAAAAAAAAAAUAAAAAUCACCAAAAAAAUCCUUCUUCUCUCCUUUCAUAAUUGAUUAACUAUCCGAAACCCAUGAUUGGAUCAUUUUGGAAUUUGUGUAGAGCGUGUCCAUCGAUGCCUGUAGAUAAGUUACACUCGGAAUACAAGAGUACUUAUCGCUGGCAUGAGUUCUCUGGACCCGAAGUUGUGCGAAAACCUCCAGUGCCGAAUCAGUUUGCCAGCUCCAAGGAUCAUUUCUUUUCCAAGUCUACGGAAAAUGAAAAACCGACCGAAGCAACUAGUGGUCCCAUCAAUGAGCCGCCGUUGCCGCGUCGCAAGAAAAAUCCAGAGUUGGCAUAUCGAUCGCAUGAGUUUAUCGGCGGAAUAGAUCGGACUGAUGCAGCGAAUCGUGCUCGGGUAACUGCACCUCACGAACUCGAGCCUUUAUUCAGAGAUGAACCAGAUACAAAGCACGAAAAGCGUCACAUUCGUCCAACGUAUCAAUUUGAUAAGGAAAAGUUUGGAUUUGAGCCCGAUAGUGGCAAAGUUGGUGGCAAGUUGAUGAAUGGACAUGCCAACCAUCAUGACAACAACAAGAAUUGGGUGAAAGAAGUCCUCGAAUUGCGUAAAAAGGCUGGUGAAUACAAGACUCGUGCAUGGGGAAUCGAGAUAAAUCCAGAGCUAGCAAAGAAGCAAGCUGAAGUUUUCGAUCAAAUAUCUCGAAGAAGUUCAUUAAGUGCAUUAUCCUUAGAACCUACUAUCAAACCUAUGCAAAAUGGCACGAAGGAAACGAGCAAAAAGGACGAAAAGCCUCCUCGACCCCGUGUUCCGGGUCAGGCGCGUGCCGUUGGCAUGGAUCGCUCGUUGCCCGAUGGACUUCUUAUUCGCGCCAAGGUUGACAAUGUUCGAUAUCACUUGGGAAAGGGCAUUGAUGAAGACGACAUUUCUCUCCUCAUUUCGCCGACACGCGAAAAACUGAUGCCAGCCAUUCCGAAAGGUAGCCCACAAAAAACUGCCAAAACGAUGAGUCCACGUAGCAGCCCCAAGAAACGGGUCAAGGAAUUUAAUUCAAAUUUAGUGCGUUCGCAAUCAGUGGGUCCGACCGUAUCCGAUCGCAGCGGAUCGCCCAAGAAGCAAGUACGGUCGGGUAGCACGACAGGCGUGAAAUCCACGAAACGAACUCCCGUUUCGACACCGACGAUCACCGUACCGCAAGACGGUAGAAGGCCACGUCCAACUGAUGAUGAGCACGACAGCGGAACAACAACUGGUCCGAGUUCCCUUCCGCAUCCCGAUGUAGAGCACAUUAUCAAGUCGCCGCCAGAGCCGACACGCGUCAAGUCGCCCGAGCAAAUUUUGAUGCGUUCACCGGAUCCGGUCAACUGGACUGUUCCCUUGGACACUGGAAAGACUUUUACUGUCACGCAAAAUGUUCGUGAAGGGGACAAUUCGAUAAGACCCCAUAGUGACUUCAAGGCGUCCACUCCGUUGGGAAAUGCGCCAUUGACUUCAUUGCUAACGGUUAACUCAGCCCCUCCAAGUUUGGAUGAUCAACAUAAAAUGAUGACAACAAGUAUUAUUCAACAGACUAAACCAGAACAACCUGCUUCAACAACGACUGCAAUUCCUGCUACUUCAGCCACAGCAACCACUACUACUGCUCCAGCUGCAGCACCAACUCCCGCUCCUACUGCUGCUAUUGCUCCAGAAAAGCCGCCAGCUGCAGCUGCUGCUGAAAAACCCUCAGCUCCCGUUCCUGGCAACACUAUACGCUGCAUCGAGGACCCCAAAUUCACUGCUGACAUUAAUUCACCAUUGCCGCCUACAACAACAACAACUGCAACUCGUCCCACGAACAAUGAAGUGAUUGAGGAAGCACGUGACCGUUUCGACAAAUACUGGAGCAAGCCCGAAUCCGAACCUACUGACACCAAAAACGAAUCGAAAUAAACUAAUUCAUGUCUUUUUCGAAAAUUUACUGAAAAAAAUCGGAAUACUUAUUGAUUAAAAUUAAAAAAAAAAUAAAUAAAGGUUGUUUGUAGCUUUUGAACAUGACAAAAAAAUAUAAAAAGCUAAAACUUUCAUUCAAUCCCUAAAAAAAAUGAAGAAAAAUUAUUUUUUAGAGAGCACAAUUUGCACCCUUUUUGAAAACAAAAAUAUAUAUCAAUAGUAAGAGCUUGAGAACGUACAACAAAAUGAAACUUAUCACGUCGGUCAUCGCAUCGUUCAACGAGCGGGCACAAAUUUAUCGAAAUCGAAUGACGUUUCUCUCUCAGUUUUUCUAUUUAAUUAUUUUUUUCAUACUUUGCAAUAAAAAAAAAACAACUUUUAGAAGAAAUAGUUAAAAAAAUUCAUAUAAUCGAUCAAAAUAUUUAUUCAAAUCA